AAACUAAAAGUCAUCAACAAUAGAAUUUUUUUAAUUGAAAACUUCGAAGUAAACAAACUGAUCAAACUUUCUGAGUGACAAAUAUCCAGCAACUAUAUUCAUUUGAUUAUUGAAAUUUCAGUGCAGUACAACUUUCUGGCAAUUUGAAAUUAAUUAUUUGUGUAAUCAUGACUGACUAUUUCCAAGAGAUGGGAUGGAGAGAAUUGCAAGACGGUGAGCAGCCAAAUCAUUUUUUACAUUUGGCUAGACUCUUGAUGGAUUAUAAUAUAUUCGAUGACAACUUUACUGGAGAAUGGCCUAGAUUACCACCUCCAGCAUCAAAAGAAGUAGUAAAAAAUUUACCUGAUAUUACUAUAGAAGUGGACGAUAAGAAUUGCCCUAUAUGCCUAAAGAAUUUUAAAAAAACUGAAAAAGUUAAGCAAAUGCCUUGCAAUCAUAUUUUUCAUCCAGCAUGUAUUUUGACUUGGUUGGAAAAGACCAACUCGUGUCCAUUUUGUCGCCAUGAACUACCCACUGAUGAUGUGGCAUAUGAAGCAUUUAAGAAGGAAAAGAAAAGAGCUGAACAAAGAAAAGAAGAUAUAGAAGUUCUUCAUAACUCUAUGUUUAGUUGAUGCUUCUAUUAUAUGAUAUUUAUCGGGUAGUAGGGCAAUUAUUUUAAAAUAAGAUUAAGGUUUUAAAGGUUCCAAAUGACUGUACCGUUUACUAAUCAUUCCUUUAUAGAAUUCCUAUAGAUAUCUAAACAUUGCAGUAUCUAUUCAGCAUCUAUAAAUUAAGAAUCUAAACUUACUUUGACUCUCAUAAGCCAAGAUUCAAUAUGUUUCUGACAUAGGAGAGUCAUACUUAAGUUUCAACUCUGAAUAUUAUAAUUGAAGCAUAAUUACAUUUAGUAAUAUAGUUUUUAUUAAGUCUGCACAUCUGUUUUGAG